GCCACGGUCAAGGUUGGGUCUCUGGUUGUUAUAGUCAGCCAUCACCCCAUGUGUCGUCCCUCGUGCAAGACCUGAUUUUGAGAGGUUGACAUCGUAACAGCCUCAGCAUGGCUCGGUUGAUGACACUUUGGUGCUUGGCAAUUGCGGUGACCUUUGGGAGCUCUGUGGCCACCCCUAGUGACCUGGUGUGUCAGGUGUGUCUCUCCACGACACAGGACAUCCGCGCGGCAGUCACUGACCUCAAUGUCCACGUCAGAGUGCUCAGUCAUCUGGAGACGGUGUGCGAGUUGGUGUCCUCAGAGCGCAGAGAUGUGUGCAAGGCUGUGGUGGAUGGUCUUACCCAGAAGUCUUGUACCACCUGCUGGCCAGUAUGGACCCAUCUGAGCUUUGUGUGGCCAUGACCGCUUGCUCUCCUCGCACAGAGGUUAGGAACCAGGUUGAACCUAGAGCCAUCCGCCACACUCCGUGUCAGCAGCGACACCUGUGAGCUGUGCCAGGUGGUCGUGCGGAUGGUGGACACGUGGUUGCAGAACCGCACGACCCCCAGCGCCGCCAACGCCACUGUCGCCAAGCUGUGCGACCUGUUGUCGGAGCCCACCCGAGAUCUCUGCACCACUUUUGCACCUCUUAUUGUGGAUGCCAUAAUGAAAGGAGUUGACCCAGUCGGUGCCUGCACCAACAUUGGAUUGUGCCUCUCGGAAAAGGACAAGAGCAAGGCCAUUCCCAAAAAGAAGGCCGUGGUCGAAAUCCAGGCCGGUCCGGCGUGUGAGUUGUGUGAGCUGCUAGUACAAACAAUCGACACUUACCUGAAAGACAACAAGACCGAGGCAGCCGUCAACGCCACUGUCUACAAAGUCUGCAACAGUCUUCCAGAGCCCAUCAAGUCCACGUGCCUUGGAUUCGCCCCAGAACUCGUGUCCGUGGUCUCUCAAGGUAUGGAUCCACAAAAAGCUUGCACCUAUCUGAAAUUGUGUACAUCAGCAGGUGGUAUAGAUAACACGUUGACAUUGCGGUCUCUGCAGGAUGGUCCAGAGUGUCAGUUGUGUGAGCUGCUGAUAAAUAUCAUAGACAUUUAUAUCAAAGACAACAAGUCGGAAGCAGUCAUCAACGCCACUAUCUACAAAGUCUGCGACAGUCUUUCUGGCACCUACAAAAUCUUGUGUCUGGGACUUGCACCACAGUUAAUAACUGUAAUCGCUAAGGGAUUGGAUCCAUUGCAAGCCUGCACCUCCAUUAAGAUCUGUUCUGAAGAACCUGCUGCUGUUGAUGUCACUCUGCCUAGCGAUCCACAGGACGGUCCACUGUGCGAAAUGUGUGAGCUUCUAGUACAGACAAUCGACACUUACCUGAAAGACAACAAGACCGAGGCAGCCAUCAACGCCACUGUCUACAAAGUCUGCAACAGUCUUCCAGACGCCAUCAAGUCCAUGUGCCUGAGUCUUGCUCCUCAACUGAUAACUGCAAUUUCACAAGGUUUGGAUCCGAAACAGGCCUGCACGUAUCUGAAAGUGUGUACCUCAGUUACCACCAUCAACUACCAACUACUACUGAAAGAAAUAGAGGCAGGUCCGUUGUGUGAUUUGUGUGAACUCGUAAUACAAACUGUCGACACUUACCUGAAAGACAACAAGACUGAGGCAGCCAUCAACGCCACUGUCUACAAAGUCUGCAACAGUCUUCCAGACCCCAUCAAGUCCACGUGUUUGGGAUUUGCCCCAGAGGUAGUGGCUGCUCUCGCUCAAGGUUUGGAUCCACAACAAGCCUGCACCUAUUUGAAACUGUGUACCUCAGGGCGAGAGCUGCUGUUGAAGGCCCCGUAUAUUCGACGAUCUGAGGCAGGUCUACAAGACGUGAAGUGUGACGUGUGCAAAAACGCUCUGGGCAUCGUGGACAACGACCUCUACCAAGACGAAGGGAAAAUUCAGACGAUGUUGGAGGACAUCUGUCAUCGUCUUCCUCCCCCUACUGAUCAGGCAUGCCUGAAUGCUGUGGACGAAUAUUUCCCCCAGAUUUGGGAGAAUAUUCUGUCCAAGGGAGCAUCUCCUGAGUCCAUUUGCAAGCUCCUGGGGCUGUGCAGCUCUUGAAUUGCACGGACUGUCUAUCAACUUGCUUCUUACAUUUUUUCGGUUAUUAAAUGAUGAACUAUGAUGCCGCAAGACCACACCACUGACAAUGUAUGACUAUGCCUGCAUUAAUCACUUAUACGAACAGCAAGCCUACUUAGAUAUAUACAUACAUAAAAAUACAUACUACAAAGUCCAGAUACAUGAAGAAAUUUAAUAUAACCAGAUCUCAAAAAGUUAGAGACAAAGAUAAGCAACAUGUAUACAUUUAGAAAUUUCAGAUCUUGGCCACAGUAAACUAAUAAAGUAAGA